AUGAUGGUUUGGGGAAGCGCAAUUGUAGGUGGUGUGGCAGCGCAGCUCGCCAUGGUGCUUCUCAUGCACCCGGCCAUGAUAACGCUGUCGGCGGCCGGCCCCAGCUCCCACGGUGCACCGGAUACUGAGAAGGCCGAUUACGGUCAUUUCGUGCUCAACAAUUGCAAUCCCGAGUUCUACAAGACACUGUGUGACCCCCAUGAGAAGGUACUGAGGCCAGCGUUCCGAAUCGCAUGCUUUCGCAUCAGGGAAACGCCUCGUAACCUUUGGGAUUGCGCCCCCAAACGUGUCACGGGGAUCAUAGUGACGAAGAAACGGAACAUCGAUCAGCUGCAGAUCAUGGAUGAAAAGGUUCGUAACACGAAAGGGGUGGAGCCGUCGGAUUUGGCAAUGUACCGUGAGCUGACGCUGCAGGUCGCUCGCUUGAUCUUAGAGGAGGCCAAGUCGCUGCCUACAAAGCAGAGGGACGAUGAAGACAAGUCCGACGUUUCAGAGGGUGAGGAAAUUGAUACAGACACCGCAACGAAGGCUACCACGCCGGUGACUGACCCUGCAAGGCGCUUGUCCCUAUUGCUGACGGCUAGCGCUGAAGGAAAUAAGGGGGAUGGCAUGGAAAGGCUGUUGAAGGAAUGCCUAAUCAUGACAAAGGAGCUGUGCAGAGGGCACACGAACCAUGCAGAGUACAUGGGCAUUCUUUUCCCCAAUUUUGGGCAGGCAACCCGCAAGGCCACGGUGAAACCGAGUAUUCCUCAGGGGACGGUCUCCCCACCCAGGGGUGACGCAAAACUGGAUUCCUUUGGUACCGCACACAAGGACAUCCUGAUCCAAUAUGCCCAAAAGUUCCUCGUGUCGCAGCCCGCAGCCAACUUGGAGUUCAUCAAAAAGGCAGAUCCGAACAAUAUAUGGAGCAAGUAUUCAAGGUCUCGCACUGUGUUGGUGAGGUUCCUCAACGACACUAAAACCAGGCUUUCUGUCAUCAUGAGCCCCGAACACUACAAGGCCCUGAGCGAUGCCUUCAGCAAAUACGCCGAAAUGACGGGGCGCGCACCCGUGGUCACGCAGUCAAGAAGCACUACCGCCACUGUAGACGCCCUAAAAGCGACACUUGUCAAGGUUCUGAAGGACGAGGUCACGAUCGACAGAACGCUGCGCUUGUACGGCACCAACGGGACGCGGGCAUGGUUCGUAAGGGUGACACACGAGUAUCACGCGGGCGAAAGCGCUCUCAGCAGACCGUAA